AAACAAAUCAGCUUACAAAUUCAAUGCUCCAUUGUUUUUCCCGAAGGAGGAGAAGAGGAAUAUUCACGCCAUCUCUCAAUUUCCAUUGUCGUAUCGCCUCGCAACCUGCCGCCGGAAGACAGGCACUUCGAGAUCGGAGAAACGGACAGGAGUCCGGGCGAGGAGGAGGAUGAGCUGAACGUUCGCCUUCUUGUCGGGGAGGAUUCUGCGGAAUUCGAUCUCGCCAAGCAGAAGAUUUCGUCUUGGAUUUACUUCACUGGAAUCUUGGGGGUUGUGCUCUGUAUACUUGACGCGGCCUGGAUUGAUAACUCCACUGGCUUUGGCAAGCCCUUCAUUGAUUCUGUUUCCAGUAUUUCUCAGAGCCACGAGGUUGUGAUGCUUUCUCUAACAUUCAUUUUUGCCAUUGUACAUAGUGGCUUGGCAAGCUUCAGAGAUGCAGGUGAGAAACUCGUUGGAGAACGAGCAUAUCGUGUUUUAUUUGCAGGGGUAUCUCUUCCAUUGGCUGUUAGUACUGUUGUAUACUUCAUUAACCACAGGUAUGAUGGACUGCAAUUGUGGCAGCUGCAAAGUGUUCCUGGGAUUCAUCAACUGGUUUGGCUAUCUUCUUUCAUUUCCUUCUUCUUCCUCUAUCCUUCAACCUUUAAUUUAUUAGAGGUAGCAGCAGUUGAGAAGCCUAAAAUGCAUCUUUGGGAAACUGGUAUCAUGAGAAUAACCCGACACCCACAGAUGGUCGGGCAGGUGAUGUGGUGCUUGGCGCACACAGUUUGGAUUGGGAACUCUGUUGCAGUGGCAGCCUCAAUUGGCCUGAUCGGUCACCAUCUAUUUGGGGUUUGGAAUGGAGACAGGAGGCUGGCUACCCGAUAUGGCAAGGCUUUCGAGUCUGUUAAGAGCCGAACAAGUGUUGUUCCAUUUGCAGCUAUCCUUGACGGUCGUCAGAAGUUGCCGAAUGAUUACUACAAAGAGUUCAUUAGAUUGCCAUAUUUAUCAAUCACUGCGCUGACCCUAGGUGCAUACUUUGCUCAUCCACUUAUGCAGGCCGCUAGUUUUAGGCUUCAUUGGUAGGUAGGUUAGUGUGAAUAGUGUCCCCUUCAUCCCAAAGGAGCAAUCUUGAUUUGUAUGAUUAAAUGUGCUUGCUUAUAGGAUUAAUUUGAUGUCAUUUCAGCAGAGCUGAUUCCAAUGACAUUGUUUGUAAUUCUGUAUAAUAUUGCGAAGAUUGCUUGAUGAAAGUCAUGGAGAGUAAAAGUUAUUAUAAAUGGUAGUGCUUUUGGUAGUGGAUGUGA